AAGCCGGGCGUGCGAGGUGGUGAAGCUGGUGGGCAAGCCUCCACUUCAGGCCCCAGUGGAGACCUCGGGGUUUUGUGUCUCGCCGCAGACGCUUGGCGCCGCUCCUCUUCCAGCCUGCUGCCAUCUUCUCCGAGCGAGGGAGUUGGUGAAACUCACUCACCUGUCGGAACCUGGGGCCUGGCGGCCAGAGCGCGCAGGUUGCAGCAAACCUCGGCCGGGACGCCCCAGCCAGGGAGGCAAGUGUGGGGGCUGCUCCCUCAGACGCCAGCCCCCAUCCCCAGCUCUGCGCCCCCGGCUCCCUGCUCAUCCACUUUGGCUUCCAGGAGCCUUCGGCUUGGAGUACCCAGAAGGCUAAGUCCGGCAGACGCCAGGGCUGCAGGUUCGAGACGCUCCGCCCCCUCCUGCCACUUAGAGCCACAAGCGCCAGCGGGACCUUUCCGCUUGGUCUUAGUCUGCGGUCACUACUGAGGUUUUCGAAACUUUCCAGGCAAAGGCCAGCCAGGUCCUUUGCCUCCAACCCACGCCGCGCCUACCUCCCGCCUGGGACACCCCUGGGCCCAGGAGAUCCCAUUCUUCUCGGAGCACCGACGUUCCAACUGUUGUCCGCGCACCCUGACUGCUGUCCGACUCCCGUGCCAAGGGGCGCGCGCAUCUUCCCGAGGCCAGCAACGCUCCCAACCUUUCGACUCGCCUUCCUCCUCCUCAGAGUUGGAGUGAGGCGGGUUGAGCCCGGAUCCGGGGUGCACUCGAGCGUUCCCAGCGCUCGGGAUUCGCCCCCACCUCAGCGCCCACCUUCGAGGGGGGAUUGAAACUCGGAGGUCGAGGCCUCUAAUUCUAAAGCUCAAAUUGGCCCCCGCCUUUUCUCUCGACAUCCCUGUGCCCAUCGCGUGCCAGCCGGGAGAGCGGCCGGGCGGAGGAUUCGAGUGCUCUGGGCCGCGUCGCCCCGUCGGGUGCCGAGCUGAGCGCACCAUGGCCAGCUGCUGCUGCCUGUCCGCGGAGGAGAAGGAGUCGCAGCGCAUCAGCGCGGAGAUCGAGCGGCAGCUUCGUCGGGACAAGAAGGACGCGCGCCGCGAGCUCAAGCUGCUGCUGCUGGGAACUGGUGAAAGUGGGAAAAGCACCUUUAUCAAACAGAUGAGAAUUAUCCAUGGCUCUGGUUACAGCGAUGAAGACAGAAAGGGGUUCACGAAGCUGGUCUACCAAAACAUAUUCACCGCCAUGCAAUCCAUGAUCAGAGCAAUGGACGCACUAAGGAUACAAUAUGUGUGUGAGCAGAAUAAGGAAAAUGCCCAGUUCAUCAGAGAAGUGGAAGUGGACAAGGUCUCCAUGCUCUCCAGGGAGCAGGUGGAGGCCAUCAAGCAGCUCUGGCAAGAUCCGGGCAUCCAGGAGUGUUACGACAGGAGGAGGGAGUACCAGCUGUCAGACUCUGCCAAAUAUUACCUGACUGACAUCGAUCGCAUCGCCACGCCGUCAUUCGUACCCACUCAGCAAGACGUGCUUCGCGUCCGAGUGCCCACCACCGGCAUCAUUGAGUAUCCGUUUGACUUGGAAAACAUCAUCUUCCGGAUGGUGGACGUUGGUGGCCAACGGUCUGAAAGGCGGAAAUGGAUUCACUGCUUUGAGAGUGUCACCUCCAUAAUUUUCUUGGUUGCUUUGAGCGAAUAUGACCAAGUCCUGGCUGAGUGUCACAAUGAGAACCGCAUGGAAGAGAGCAAAGCCUUAUUUAAAACCAUCAUCACCUACCCCUGGUUUCUGAAUUCAUCUGUGAUUUUAUUCUUGAACAAGAAGGAUCUUUUGGAAGAGAAAAUCAUGUAUUCUCAUCUAAUUAGCUACUUCCCAGAAUACACAGGACCGAAGCAGGAUGUCAAAGCUGCCAGAGACUUUAUCCUGAAACUUUACCAAGAUCAGAAUCCUGACAAAGAGAAAGUCAUCUACUCUCAUUUCACAUGUGCUACAGAUACAGAGAAUAUUCGCUUUGUGUUUGCUGCUGUCAAAGACACAAUUCUACAGCUGAACCUAAGGGAAUUCAACCUUGUUUAGAAGCUGCUGCCCACCCCUCCCCCAUAACAGAAGACAUGAUUUUCAAACUCCUCGUUUUAUUUGCAAGUGCUCCUGACAUCACCAAGCCAGCCCUGUGCCAGGCAGUAAGGACGUCAUGCAGGUUGUGGGGACAGAGAUGGGUGAUUGAACUUGGAAGAUAUUUGAGUUUACCAAAAUACUUUAAAAGUCCUUAUGUCCCAAAUUGUUCUUAGAAGUAUUUUCUUGAUUUUUGGCUUUAAGAUUUUGUGCAAUUUUCAAAUUUGGUGUUUUCUAGAAUUUUUAAAGGCCACUCUGAUUUAGUUUUAAAUUUUAAAUGUUUAAAAAUAGCUAUUAAAAUUAUGUAAGCAAGGAGCCUGUUAGUUUAUAGAUUAUGCCUUGAAACCUCUAGAAUUGAUUUGGGUGACUUUUUAAAAAUAAGGUUAAUGCGUUUGAAGCUUUUAAUUAAAUCUUGUAAUUUAGAGACAUUUUUGUUUCUCACCUAAUGCUGAAGUGUGACUCCUUUAACAUGCCACCAAAGAUUUUUUUUAAAACAGUUGGUUCUUUUUGUGUGUUAACUCUCUAAGCCAAAUGGAUAUAUAACUAUAUCUAAUUUAGCUUUGCCACAAUUUGAUCACCAUGAAGGCAAAGCUGACAUGUAGUAAAUGGGCUCUAAAUAGCAUGUAUGUUGUACUGGUGAAAAGUGUGUAUAUGUGUGUGUGUAUAUAUACAUUUUUAUCCCCAAUGUGUAUGACGAGGUCUUGUAAAUGUAUGCAAUGGCUAAAAGUCCACAUUGUUUGACAAAUGUUGCGUAAUCCCACCAAAGUUCUAAUGGCCACCACAGAUUUGCUGUUUGAAUUAUGUAUGCUGUGCCUUUCUGAGGAGGCUAAGAAUAUACCAUUCUGCUAUU